AGCGAGCUCUCUAGUGAAUGAAUUCUUGUAGUUGUUGUCGGGCAGCUUUCUCUCUCUUCCUGCCUUUUUGGGCGUCGAUCGUUGCCUCAUAGCCCUGUUCUCUCUCUUCUGAUCUCGAUUGGUAAUUCGAUACUUUUCUCAGAUCUCAAGCGAGCCCUAAACUCAGGAAAAGGAUUUGCACCAGAGAACUGAAAUACAGAAAGAAACUUCAAAGAGAAGCAAUGGAUGAUACUUGUGCUGUCUGUGCUGAGACACUCGAGUGGGCAGCAUAUGGACAAUGUGGACAUCAUGAGGUCUGCUCCACCUGCAUUGCUCGUCUCCGAUUCAUUUGUGAUGAUCGCCGCUGCUGCAUCUGCAAGUCCGAAUCCAAUAUUAUCUUUGUCACCAAGGCUUUAGGAGAUUAUACAAGGAUGAUAAAUGACUUCUCCAUUUUUCCAGUUGAUCCAACAGAGGGUCAAGUUGGGCCCUACUGGUAUCAUGAAGGCACACAAGCUUUCUUUGAUGACUUGGAUCAUUACAAGAUGAUUACGGGAAUGUGUAAGCUUUCGUGCAAUGUUUGCGACAAGAAAGAUGAUCAAGGCAGUGAAGAUUUGAAGAGAAGAGGGAAAUUCAGAAACGUUGCGCAACUGAAGAGCCAUUUGUUCCACCAUCAUAAACUUUUCAUGUGCAGUCUCUGUUUGGAAGGCAGGAAGAUAUUUAUAUGUGAACAAAAGUUGUAUACUAGAGCACAAUUGAAUCGGCAUAUAAACUUUGGUGACUCAGAGGUUGAUGGCAGUGAAAGUGAAAGAGGUGGCUUUAUGGGACAUCCUAUGUGUGAAUUUUGCCGAAAUCCAUUUUAUGGGGACAAUGAGCUGUACACUCAUAUGUCUACUGAGCAUUAUACUUGUCACGUAUGCCAAAGGCAGCAUCCAGGACAGUAUGAUUACUUUAAGAACUAUGAUGACUUGGAGAUCCAUUUUCGUCAAGAACAUUUCUUAUGCGAGGAUGAGGCCUGCCUUGAGAAAAAGUUCAUUGUUUUUGCGACUGAAUCUGAAAUGAAGAGGCAUAAUGCGAUGGAACACGGAGGGCGCAUGUCUCGUUCUAAGCGUAAUGCUGCUUUUCAGAUUCCAAUAAGCUUUCAGUACCGAAGUAGUAGGGAGCGAGAUCAAAAUCGAAGAGGACGUGUUUUUCAACCUGAUUAUUCCGACAGUCAACUUUCUUUGGCUAUUGAAGCCAGUCUUGCGACAGCCAACGCUAAUAUGCCUCGUGGUACUUCAUCCAGGGCCCAAACAGAGUCUGAUCACAGAGAAACUGGUGAAAUCAAUUCCAUUCUCGAGUCAUUUGAAUCACUUGCUAGUGCAGAUUCUGAGCCUUCUUCAAGAAACCGUCAGGCCAUGGGACAAAACUCAAGGAACAACACACCACUGGAAACAUCUUCCUUUCCUCCACUCCCUGUGGCUGCAAGAAACAAUCACCAGAAACAGAGAAAUGGGUCAGAAGGGUUGGGCAGGAAUACAAUGGCUGCUCGUCUUCGUCACCGAAACCAUGUAACUGUCCUUAAUGCAUCUCAGGCUCGACCAACAGCUAGUCGCCAACCUACCUCACUGAUAGUUGGUUCUUCCCAGUUAAGACCAAUAUCAAGUUUUGGACAUGUAUUAUCAUCUGGGUCAGCCAGUUUUAUUACUAAGCCAGCAACAGUUAAUGAGGUUGGACCAUCCAAUUUUUCAAGCUCUAUGCAAAUUAGAUCAACUACUGCUGAUGCACAAUCAGCUAGUUCUGCCAGUUCAUCAACAAAGACAAGAAGUAGCAAAAAGGUCAGUCAUUCUACUUCAACUCCAAAUCUUGUGGACAGAGGUUCUUUAGACCCUGCAGUAUCUGAGUUUCCUCCUGUUUCUGCAACACGUCCUAAUAAAUUGACCAAAAACACGCAGCCUUUACCUAAGGCUGAAGAUGUUCGCACUGCUAAUAAGUCUCUAGUGCAGAGAAUCCGCUCUGAUUUAGAAUUCGAUGAAGACAAAUAUGCUGCUUUCAAAGUGAUUUCUUCAGAAUAUCGCCAGGGUUUAAUUGACACGGGGGAAUAUGUUGCAUAUGUGUUUCAGUUUGGGCUGUCACAUCUCAUUCCUGAGCUAGCUAGACUCUGUCCUGAUGCUCAGAAGCAGAAAGAGCUUGUUGAGGCUUACAGUAUUUGCAGUUUGAGAGGCAAUGGUCCUUGGGAAAAUAGCGCAGCCGAUAACAGUGGUCUGUUGAAACACAAAAAAAGUUCAAAAAAAGGUAAAGAGAAGUGUGAAGAUAAUGGGAUCAGUAGCUCAAAUGGUGCUUUGGAAGAUAGCAUUAUAAACAGUUUGAGAGAAUUGCAGUCGAAUUACAAGCCUUCUAAAGAGGUUGAGAUCUUGUCAAAGGAUGGUUACCGAUCUGCCAAAGGCAAAUCAACGAACUUGGAUGAUGAUGAUGAUGAACAGAGGGUCAAAAAUCAUUCUGAGCCAGCUGCUGGUGGAUUAAAGAAAAGUUCAGGAACUAGUGGAGGGAAUAAGCCACGGAAGAAAACUUCAAAAUUCAAUAGAGUUCGGUUGGGUGAGGGUUCACAGGCGGCAGUUUUAGAUCUUACGAAUUCUGAUUCUUUGCGUGAUUCGACUUUAGGACAAUCAGAUGGAAAUACCGAUACUUCUGAAAGGUUGCCAGUUCGAGGAGCUUGGAAGAAUGGGGGAGGCCGGAGGCUAGUGGCAAACUUGCGAUGACCUGGAGAGAACCUUAAUUUUGAUGAAUUGUUAAUACAGAGAGGAAGAAAAAAAAAAGAAAAGAAAAGCUAGCGUUGGGCCGAUAAGUGAUCUUUCUUUCUUUUUGUGGGAAAUCGCCUUAGAUAAAGCUUUCCGUGUGUUUGUGGUGAAGUACAUAUAUAUGGUCAAGUGUUUUUCUCUUCCUGUACCUUGGAACUCUGAAAAUAUGAUAUUUGGGGGAACAGGUUUUAUGUUUUUUUUAGUUGGAUGGUGACUUGGGAAGAUUCUUGAAUGACCUGUUAUCCCCUCAUUUACUCUUCAGUUGGAAUUGGAUGGAAUCAGAAGUGAACGUUUUUCUUGAUGAAAUGUGGAACAAAAAUGGGAUUUUGUUUUC